GUUAUUGGCUAUUGUGGAUAAUAGACCCCUAAUUGACUUGUCUGAGGCACAUUCAUCCCUUACUAAAUACCACAAGGAACUGCGAAGGGUGCAGCAACUGCGACGGAACUUUUUAUUGAUGAAAUGUUAUUUUGUCAGCUGUCGGAAUGCGGCUAAACUACGUAUUCUGCAAUAUUUGAAUCGUCAUCAACACUACGUAGAAAAUUCGGAUAUGUACUCGCUGGCAGACUUGCGAGAACUUUGCCUGGGAAAUUUGUUGCGCGACCUCGAAGAUAUACAUACCGUAUUUCGAAAGCAUAUUGAAGAGUUCCAACUUCUUCAUGCUUCCUUUUUCUCAAUGUUUCGGAAAAAUGUGGCAAUGUGUCCGAAAUGUCUGGCUGUUUUUCAUUCGAAAUGUUAUGAGAAACGCAGUUCUACGUGCACAAGAUGCGAGAGGAGGAGGAGACGUGCUGAUUCUCUAAGGGAGGAGUAG